GGGAAAAAUAAAUAAAAGUUACGUCGUUUUAACACUCCGCUGCCAAUUCCCAGCUGAAAGCAGCACUGUAAAACUCACGCAGCGCACAAACCCUGCCAACCUGAAACCCCCAUCUCUGAUUCUAUUCUAUCCCCUUAACUAAACCCUAGAUUUCUUCUUCUUCCAUCGCUACUCUCUCCUCCAUGGAUUCUCGCCGUGUUCCUCGAACUGUGAGCGACCCUAAGGUUCGUCAAGUCGGGUUCUUUGCUCCACCCGACCGAUCCCAAUCGGGUCCUUUCAUCCCAUUUUCCUCUUCCCCUCCUGUUUCCGAUCUAUCCCCUUCCGGUAACUCUCUUUCCCCUGUUAUGAUCCCUCCUCCUCGUCAUCUCUCCGUCGACGUAUCCCUACCCCGUCCCGCUAAUCUUCAUCCGGCACCCUUGUCCCCUCUACGACAUGAUUCUAUCCCCGUCGGAAGCUACAAUCCAUCUGAAUUUUCUUCUCCUACUACCAAUAACUUACCUGAUGAUACCUCCUCUCCUGGCUGGCAUCGCAGGGGCAGUUCUGGUAAAUUUGCUACUUCUCUUCCCUCUGCAGGAUUUGAGCUGCCUGCUGCCAAGCAGAACAGCUUUACUGCCUCCAGAUUGACUACAGUCUCCAACGUGAAUGCGCCUUUGGGAUUAUCAGAUAAGGAUGGAAAAGUGCAAAAGGAACGAACUGCAAGUUCAAAGCCAUUGAAAGAGAAAACAACCAAGGCCGAGAGGCGUGCCCUCCAGGAGUCUCAAAGAGCUGCAAAAGCUGCUGCCAAAGGUGAAGGAACUAAGACCACCACUGCUGCUUCUGAAAAUUUAAACCCAAUAAAGAUUGCCAAGGGCACUUUACAAAAGAAAGAAAGCCCUCCUGUUGCAGCUCCUGAAAAAAAGGGCAGUGAUCGUGCUACAGAUAAAGAUAGGAAAAAAGAUGUUCCUCAUCCACGGAUGCAAUUUGAUGAUAAGAGUCGUGUGGAGAAGGCGAAGAAGCGCUCAGUAGUGAAGCAAAUUGAAGCCAAAAACAGGGUUGAACUUUUUAGGCAUUUGCCUCAGUAUGAACAUGGAACAAGACUUCCCGAGCUUGAAUCAAAGUUCUUCCAGCUAGAUCCAGUUCAUCCUGCUGUUUUUAAGGUUGGACUUAGAUAUUUGGCUGGAGAUAUAUCUGGUGGUAAUGCCCGCUGUAUUGCUAUGCUUCAAGCUUUCCAAGAGUCCAUCAAAGACUACUCAACUCCCCCGGAGAAAGCUCUUAUAAGAGACUUGACUGCAAAAGUUAAUUGUUAUGUUUCAUUUUUGAUCGAGUGCAGGCCCCUCUCAAUCAGCAUGGGGAAUGCUAUUAGGUUCCUUAAAACUAGAAUUGCGAAAUUGCCUUUGACUUUGUCAGAGUCAGAAGCUAAAACCACUCUUGUGACAGAUAUUGAUCACUUCAUAAGUGAAAAGAUAAUACUUGCAGACAAGGUGAUAGUCAAGCAUGCGGUAGCUAAAAUAAGGGAUGGUGACGUUCUUCUCACUUAUGGAUCCUCCUCUGCUGUUGAAAUGAUUCUGUUACAUGCUCAUGAGCUUGGCAUGGAUUUCCGUGUCGUAGUAGUUGACUCACGUCCAAAGCUUGAAGGGAGAUUACUACUUCGUCGGUUGGUGGGGAAGGGUGUUAAGUGUACGUACACUCAUAUAAAUGCCAUUUCUUAUAUCAUGCAUGAAGUUACAAGAGUACUUUUGGGUGCUUCAUCAGUUUUGUCCAAUGGAACUGUUUAUUCAAGGGUUGGAACAGCGAGCGUUGCUAUGGUUGCUCAUUCAUUCCGAGUUCCUGUCCUGAUAUGUUGUGAAGCGUAUAAAUUUCAUGAAAGGGUUCAACUUAACUCAAUUUGCUCUAAUGAACUUGGUGAUCCAGAAACUAUAGCUAAGGUUCCUGGUAGGAUGGAAAUUAACCACUUGGAUGGGUGGGCUAACAGUGAUAAUCUUCAACUUUUGAAUCUUAUUUACGAUGCAACACCUUCAGAUUAUGUAUCAAUGAUAAUUACGGAUUAUGGCAUGUCUGAAAAUAUUAUGCAGAUCCCUCCGACAAGUGUUCCUGUAAUAGUUCGUGAGUAUCGCAGAGAAUAUUUAUGGACAUGAAAGGAGCACAACUAAAAUCUGCAAAGAUCUGAUAGUUGCCUCAAGAAAAGCAAAGGGAGACCUAAUGCACAAGUUUUUAGUCCCACCCUGCUACGUGCGUCUCAAAGAUAUAGAUAGGGACAUGGGUUCUGAGUACCUUUGCGUAACAUCAGUUAAUUUCUCUUGGGUUCAUUUUUGUGAUAAUGAUUUUGAGUUAUGUGCCUCAGGUUUUGGGUUCUCUAUUUUUAGCUGACCCCAUGAAGAGUGCGAUUUCUCCGCCUCUCAGGGCAAUUUUUGGGAUGUGAUAGAUUUGUGAAAUUGUGAUGUGAUUUUCUAUGAAUAACAAAUUCAUUAAGUGAGUCACCUUCCUCCUCUCCAUCAUGUUUCUGGUUGGUGUAUCUCCAAUUCUUAUUUUAUGGUUGAAUAACAUGACUUUAUUAUUACUCUA